GCGUUUGGCUUUCGGCCACGUUGCGCGCUGGGCUGAUGGCGCAGAUGCGAUGUAGGACGCAGGUGGUCAUUGUUUUUCUGAUGCUUGCGGCUUUGCUGCGGCGGAGGCCGGAACUGUUUGUUCCUGGCUUGCCGUGUCGCUCGGCAACUUGGAGAGGUUCGCGCAGUGCGCAUGUCGCUUUGGCCAAAGUUGCCAAGACGGAGGAGAAGGUGGACCCAACCGCAUACAGGGAGAACCGGAUGAAGCAGCUGCGCCAGGACGGCGUGGAGGCGUAUCCCCACGCCUGGGAGGUGGACAUGAAGGUUGCGGAUUUGAUCGCGCAGUACUCGGACCUCGCAGAUGGCGAGCGCUCAAACGAGGAGGAUGUACGCAUCGCUGGCCGAGUGAAGAGCGUCCGCUCGUCCGGUUCGAAGCUCGUGUUCUACGACCUCGUUGAAGGAGGCGACCGGAUCCAGGUGAUGUGCAGUCCGAAGAUGUAUGAAGGAUCGGAUUUCAAAGAAGUCUAUGCCACCAUCCAUCGUGGAGACAUCAUCGGGGUGCGCGGGAUAGUGGGCAAGAGUAAGCGCGGCGAGCUCUCGGUGUUCCCGAGGGAGGUGAAGCUGCUGUCUCCGUGCCUGCACAUGCUGCCGAAGGACUACUCAGGACUGAAGGACCAGGAAACGCGGUACCGCAAGAGAUAUUUGGACCUGAUGAUCAAUGACGACGUGAGGAAAACCUUCAUGCUGCGAUCUCACAUUACCAACUUCAUUCGUCGCUACUUGCAGGACCGAGGCUUCCUGGAAGUUGAGACGCCGAUGAUGACUGCCAUCGCUGGCGGCGCUUCCGCGAAACCCUUUAUCACCAGGCACAACGAGCUGGAUAUGGACCUGUACAUGAGAGUUGCGCCAGAGCUCUACCUGAAGAUGCUCGUUAUCGGUGGCUUGGACCGCGUGUUUGAGAUCGGGCGGAACUUCCGCAACGAGGGCAUCGACUUGACGCACAACCCAGAGUUCACGUCCUGCGAGUUUUACAUGGCCUUCGCAGAUUAUCAGGAGCUCAUGAACAUGACUGAGGAACUCGUCAGCAACAUGGUUCUGCAGCUGACCGGGGACUAUACGAUUCAGUACCACCCCCAGGGGCCGGAGAAGGCUGCAGUCGAGAUCGACUUCAAACCGCCCUGGCCGCGCAUAUCCAUGGUGGACGAGAUAGAGAGGCUCACGGGCAAGGAACUCCCGCGCAACUUCGAGGAGGAGUCGGCUCGGCAGGCGCUCGACAACCUGCUCGAAUCCUUGGGCCUUGACUGCCCCCCUCCCCGCACAGCGCCGCGGUUGCUGGAUAAGCUGUGUGGGCAUUUCAUCGAGGAUCGCAUCGUGAACCCUGCCUUUGUCACUAAUCAUCCGCAGGUGAUGAGCCCGUUGGCGAAGUGGCACCGGAGCAAACCUGGCCUCUCCGAACGCUUUGAGCUCUUCGUGAUGGGCAAGGAGCUGUGCAACGCCUACACGGAGCUCAACGACCCGGUGAGGCAGUUGGAGUGCUUCCAGGCGCAAGCAAAAGCGAAAAGUGAAGGAGACGAGGAGGCGCAGAGUGUCGACCAGGGCUUCAUCACCGCGCUAGAGCACGGGCUGCCGCCCACCGGCGGUUGGGGCUGCGGGAUCGACCGGCUGGUGAUGCUGCUGGCAGACAAGAACAACAUCAAGGAAGUGAUCUUGUUCCCGGCCAUGAAGCCGCUGCGCGAGGCAGGCAGCAAAGCUUCUGCCAUUUCUCCGGAAUAAGGAUAAAUCGG